AUGCGGCAUGGAGGAGGUGGUGGCACGCUAAAUCUAUCUGGCCCACUGACCACUAACCAGAAACUGGGAACCAAACUCGUGGAUGAGCACCUUGGGUCAAUUGAAACGAUCGAAAACGAGCUCGAGGCAGCAGUGCAGGAGGCAGAGGCGCAGGGUAAGAACCCUUGGCUUUGGAAUUUAACCUACCGCGCCUACAAUGCUGAAGACGCCACCUCAGUUAACGCCCAUGUAGACCAUCGCAAGCAGUCUCGCAAAGCGGCGAUGAAGGGAGCUCGGAAGGAGUUCAAACGGGGAGUGGAGAUGCAAAAGGUACAGAUACAGCUCAGAUUGACGUUGGUGGUGGAGACCCUUGGCGACUGGGUUGAAACAACGGAGGUGGGCGCGCACCCACUAGUGAUAGCAGGAGCUCUGGAUGAACAAGGAGCCAACAAGGUUACGCUGCAGCCCAAUCCCCCCUCACCCAUUUCGUCUCCAACCACCAUGUCGUUGCCUCUCCUCAUCGCGGCUGCGAUUCCAGUCGCCAUUAUAGCUCUCGUCAUUCGUACGUGGUGGAAUCGUCGUUUCCUCCUCAAGAACGUACCGUCGCCGGCCGGCGCCUCAUUGAUCUGGGGCCACGAAAAAACCGAAUUCGAAGACAAUUCGGGCUGGCAAUGGCGAGCCUGGUUCCAGGAAGUGGGCAAGGCCUUCAAGAUGAAGGGUCCUGACCAUUACCCCGUAGAACACCUACAACUAUCCCCAUUCCCCUGCCGUUCCUUGAUAUGGGUGGAGGGUGAGAAAGCUCACAAAAAGAUGCGCGGAAUGGUCGCACCCGCGUUCUCCGCGGACAACGUCCGCAACAUGAGCGGUGAUGUCUACCAGGUGGCCAAUGCAUUCCAGGCUAAAAUCGCCUCUGAUGUCGCCAAUGGUGGUGGUUCUAUCACCGUCAAUGCCUUCGAGAUGGUCGCUCCCGUUACUUUGGACGUAAUUGGCCGUGUGGCUUUUGGUCACGACUUUAAUUCGGUUCAUGGCAAGGGAGAAGGUUACAAGAUCACCGAGUCCUGGAGGGAGCAAAACCAGAUGGGUCAGGAGCAGGCUGGUUUCACUGCUCUCUUGGUUCUCCGCUUGUUCCCAUGGAUCACUUCUCUCCCUCUCGAGGCUAUCAAGGCCCAAGGUGCUGUUGCCGAACGUGUCCGCGAAAUUGCUCGUGCAAUCGUUGCCAACGGUGAAGUUGACGAAAAGGGUGGCAAAGAUCUCAUGUCCAUCUUGCGUGAGUUUUUUUACGUUGAUUCUGUCCUUCAGCUCUUGACUGAUGAUUUAGUAGUCCGUGCCAAUGCUCACCAGGAUGCUUCCAAGCGCGUCGAUAUGGCUGAAAUCUACGAUCACAUUGUCACCUUUAUCGUUGCUGGUCAUGAAACUACCGCUGGUGCCGUCGCUUUCACUCUUUGGACUCUCGCCACCCACCAGGACAUUCAGAACAAGUUGAGGGACGAAAUCCUUUCUUUCCCCGGAGAACCUACCUAUGACGACUUUGCCAACGAAGACACUCUUCCUCUCCUCGAUGCCGUCUGCAAGGAAAAUCUCCGCAUGUUCCCCGCCUCUGCUCGUAAUGAAAAGGUUGCCGAACACGAUGAUGUCCUCCCUCUCCGUGACCCCAUCCGUGGUGCCGACGGUUCCUGGAUCAAGUCUAUUCCUGUCAAAGCCGGCCAAGUCAUUCACAUCCCCUCCAUUGGUAUCAACCGCGACAACGACGUUUGGGGUGAUGGCGACGUCUUCCGUCCCACCCGCUGGCUCGUCGGCCGUCCCGCCGGUGACAAGUACUGCUCGCCUGGUGAACAAGGACUCAAGCCUGCUUCCGAAAUGUGCGGUGGCUGGUCUGGUAUCUUUACGUUCUCUGAGGGUCCUCGUGCGUGCGUUGGCAGACGGUUGGCCUUGUUCGAGUACAAGGUUAUUGUCUAUACGUUGAUCAAGCACCUCGUGUUUGAGGAUACGGGUGCCAAGAUUAUGCUCCGAUUCGGGUCUACUCUUGCUCCUCGUGUUGUCGGUGAAGAAGCCGACGGAAUCAAGCUCCCCGUCAAGAUCAGUCUCGCAUAG